AUUCUCUUUUUAACUAACUUCACUGUAUCCCCAUACAAAUCUUUCGCUUCCAUUUCCAUAUUUUAUAAUCACCCAUAGCCAAAUUCAUUUAUAAGUAAUCUUCAACUUUAAAGUUCAAAACUUUAAUCUAAUACUACACAUGUCCCUUGUGAUCUUGUCUUUAUCUCAUUUUUUAUGCCAUUCUGACUCAAAAUUUUCAGAAUCUUGAAAAGUUUCAAGAAAACUGUGUUAAACUUUCAUUAAAAAAAGAUUUAGAGUCAAAGUUUUUCUGUCACAUGGUGUGCUACUGCUCAUACUGUUAUCGUUCAUACACUCUCUUUCAUAGUUUUUUUUUUUAAUCUUUAAUCUUAUUUCUUGUGCUAUUUUGAUUCAAAUUUUUUAGAAUCUUGAAAUGGGUCUUGUUAGUUUCAAGAAAACUGUGUUAAACCUUCAUUAAAGAAACAUUUUGUGUCAAAACCAUCUAUCAAAUGGGGUGCUACUACCACUCAAAUAUGUUGUUAUUCACACUAUUUCUUUCAUGGGGUUUCUUUAUCUCAAACACACAUCAACUACAACAAAUUCAAACCCAACUUCUUCUUCUUCAAGUCAGGAAGCAUUUAGAGUACCCUUCACAAUUAAACAGUUGGGAAAAUUUUAAUGGUAAUUUUUGUAACAUGGGUUCACAUUCAAACAACCCACAUGUCAUCAUCAAAUGUGAAGAAGAUGAUUCAGUCAUUGAGCUCAAAAUAAUGGGUGAUAAAGUCUCUAAGGUUAGUGAGUUUCAUGGGUAUGCAAUAGAAAACAAAACUUUAUCACAAACUUUCUCCAUUGAUUCAUUGGUAGUUACAUUAGCAAGAUUUAAUAGUUUAAGAGUUCUUAGUUUAGUUUCUUUAGGACUUUGGGGCCCACUUCCUGAUAAAAUUCAUAGGUUAUCUUCACUUGAAGAUUUGGACAUGAGUUCAAAUUUCAUGUUUGGUUCUAUACCAAAUCAAAUUUCAAGACUCAUAAAGCUUCAUAGUUUAACAUUAGAUGGAAACUUCUUUAACGAAAGCGUCCCAAAUUCGUUUAAUUCGUUGUCGAAUCUCACCGUUCUUAGCUUGAAGAACAACCGAUUAAAGGGUCAUUUUCCAUCUUCUGUUACAAAACUCACAACACUCACUGAUGUUUGUUUAUCUCACAAUAAACUCACCGGUGAACUACCGGAUUUAACCGCGUUAUCGAGUUUAAAUUUACUGGACUUAAGGGAUAAUUGUUUUGAAUCUCAACUUCCAUUAUUGCCUAAAGGAGUUACUACUGUUCUAUUAAGUAAUAACUCAUUUAAGGGUCAAAUUCCUAAAGAGUUUGGUAAACUUAAUCACUUGCAACGCCUUGAUCUAUCUUACAACUCGUUGGUGGGCCCGCCGCCAUUCGGGCUGUUUUCGUUGUGGAACAUUAGUUACCUGAAUCUUGGAUCCAAUAUGUUAAGUGGGUCACUUUAUAAUAUCAUCAAAUGUGGAGAAAAUCUUGGAUUUGUUGAUAUUUCGAGAAAUCGGUUUACGGGUAGUCUACCGUCUUGUUUGGACACGAAUUCUAGCAAUAAACGGGUCGUGAAGUUCGAUGGAAAUUGCUUGGUUACGGGUCAUGAACAACCAAGUUUAGAUAUUUGCAAAGAAAAUGUCAAGAAGAAGAAACGAUCAUUGGGCCGUGCUGUUUGGAUCGUAAUUGUAGUUAUUGGUAUAAUGGUGAUGUUUCUAGUUAUAGUUGCGUUUGUUCGGUUAAUUUUUCGCAAAAGAAAACAUCGAAGAGAGACUGUUGUUCUACAGCACACAGUGCCAAAAGUUAUUCAGGAUAUUUUACCUUCUGGAAUCUCUUCUGAAGCUCUUGCAAAUGCUAGGAUCAUAUCGGAAGCAUCUAAAUUAGGGACACACGUUGCGCCGUCCUGUCGUGUGUUUUCUAUCGAAGAAUUAAUCGAAGCCACUAACAAUUUUUCCGAAUUGAUGUUUCUAGGCGAAGGGUCGAUAGGAAAGGUUUACAAGGGAAGACUGCAAAACGGAAGCUAUAUCGCUAUACGAUCUCUCUCGUUAUUUAAAAAAUAUUCAGUUCGAAACUUAAAAGUUCGAUUAGAUCUUCUAUCAAAGCUUCGAUACCCACAUCUUGUUGGAUUUUUGGGUUAUUGCAUUAAUGAUUCGGGUUUAGAAGAUUCGACUUCCAGCAAAGUCUUCCUUGUGCAUGAGUAUAUAUCUAAUGGAAAUUUUCGCGCUCAUCUCUCGGAGUGUUCUUCAGAUCAGAUUCUCAAAUGGUCGGAUCGGUUAGCAGUGCUGAUUGGAACUGCAAAGGCAGUACACUUUUUGCAUACGGGUGUAAUCCCCGCUUCUUCAAGCAAUCGGUUAAGAACGAAUAAUAUUUUACUCGAUGAACAUCGUAUUGCAAAGCUAAGUGACUACGGAAUGUCCAUAAUCACAGAGGAAUUAGAACAACUUGAGGUAAAAGGAGAUGGUCCAAAAUCAUGGCAUAUGAAAAAGUUGGCUGACGACGUUUAUGAUUUCGGUUUCAUUUUGCUUGAAGCACUUGUCGGGCCAAUCGUUACAGGAAAAGGCGAAGCAUUUCUGCUUAAUGAAAUGAAAUCUUUUGGAAGCCAAGAUGGCAGGCAAAGAAUUGUGGAUCCAACGGUGUUAACAACGUGCUCACAAGAAUCAUUAUCGAUUGUGAUAUCGAUCACCAACAAAUGCAUAUCUAUAGAACCCACAAACCGGCCGUCGUUUGAAGAUGUACUCUGGAACUUGCAGUAUGCGGCUCAAGUACAGGCCACAGCGGAGUCCGAACAGAAAUCAGAAGGUGCAGCUUAUGACACGAGCUUCAAAACAACUUAAUUAGUACACUGCUAGAAAACAAACUUUUACCGACGAAAAUUCAAUAGAAAUAAGAAUAAGAGUAGUAGAUACAAAUCGGUGAAAGUCGUCUUAUUUGUAGUGGUAGUUGUAGCAUAUGCAAGUUAAAAAUAAAAAUUCAUUCAUAUUUUAGGUCACAUAUUUAACUGUUUAUAAACAGUUGACCAUCUUCAUGUUUUAGUUGACCAUUCUUGUAACAAGUUGUAAAUUUCUAAAUUCUUUUAAUAAGUUCUUUAGCAUUAUACUUAAUAAAACUAAUGCAA